AUUAAAUGUCCAAAUCGAUAAACCCUAACAAUUUUCCGAAAUCGAUUAACCCUAUUAUAUUACCCCAAACCCAAUUACUCUCGUAAGGGAUUAUAUCUUUGAGAAUCACUGAAAUUGAAGGUUGAACGCUGAUAUUAGACGAAAUAAACUUUUCGGCAAAAAAAGUACCUUUAUUUCUCAAUUCAUUUUAUUAAUAGUAAAGCUUUUUGGUGUUUGUUGAAAUGAAACUCUCCAGUUUGCUUAAAGAGUAUAAAUUAGAAUAUAUUGAAGGUGAUUCCUUUUUUAACCGUGGAUAUAAAAUCAACAGUUCUAAGUUUGGAUCAAGUCUUUACCGCAAGGGAGUCUAAUUCCGGCAGCGUUACCAUGGAAGUCAAGCAAGCUGCUCGGGGUGAAAAUCCAGCUCGGUUUCAACGUACAGAUCAAUGGCGUCCUGUUUAUUCAUGGUUGGAGUCUUUGGAUACGGAUGAGGUUAUCAAGUCCAAAGACAUUGCAGAUUGGCUGGCUACAAACCCUAAGGUUAACGAACAGUUGGGCUCAAGACAUUCUCGUUAUCAUUUGACACAUUACAUUAAAAAAUGUCACAUGAAGAUACUAAAGCGGAAGGGUGUACAACUAAAGUCUAGUGAACCAGCUCCGUUGGUCGUUGAGCCUCUCAAUAUGCUUAAAGAGGUGGCCGCAAUUCCUUCUAAUCCGGUAAGAAAUGUGGCUAAAGACAACAGGGAUCUCUAUCAAUUCAAACAUCAGGAAGCUUUGCGCAAAUUUGAAAUUUUAGUAGAGUUGGAGAAGCAACUUGAUGCCCUUGUUUCGAAGAAAAACACCGAAGAAGAGUCUUGAUCAAGAUUAGUGGAUUAUGUCGAUCUAUACGCACUAGCGUUUGUAGAGCCGAUCCUUGCAUGGCUCAAGUCUCAACCUCCUUACUGAUGCGAGAAACACGACGUGGAUGGAAAAUAGUAAUGUAUGCGUGCUUCGUAGUUCAAAUGCUUGCACAUAUUUUAGUCGACUGAAUUGAGACAUUACUUAGCAACAAAUCUGAAAUGAUAUGCCAAUUACGAAAAGUCA